AUGGGGAAGAAGGGCGGAACGAAAAAGCCGGAGCCGUCCGUGGAAGAAGGCAAAAAACUGGUGGCGUCGUGGGAUCAGAGCAUCAUGCAGAGCCUUAAGCUUACCCCGGAGCAGCGAGCAAAUGUUGAUGCCAAGUUGUAUCUCCGAUCAAAUGUAUGGGCGUUCUUUGUGUUUGCCGUGUUUUCUCUUAAUUGGGAGAUGACUGAUCAUCCGAGGCAAGCGCUGAGACCACCGCCUGUGCAGCCACGUUCUGUGGCUGGACAAGGCAUAGGGCCGAAAUGGGGAUUGGUGACCAGUGAGGGGUUACACGCUCUUUUUGGGAACGGUGGUUUGAGCUCAGGCAGCGAGGCUUCGGCACCAGCUGUGCCUGCACCCCCGACAAAAGCACCUGAGCUGCCGACGCCGCCGGCAGAGCCUGCGUCGCCGGUGCCGCUGGUGCCGCCCGUGCCACCUCCGGCAGUGCCAUCUCCGACCGCACCUCUGGCAGUGCCAUCUCCAGCCGGACAUCCUGUGCCGCCUGUGUCAAUGCCAUCUCCAGCCGGAGAUCCUGUGCCGCCUGCAGUACCACAGCCAUCUCCAACCGGAUAUCUUGUGCCGCCUGUACCAGUGCCAUCUCCAGCCGGAGAUCCUGUGCCGCCUGCGUCAGUGCCAUCUCCAGCCGGAGAUCUCAUGCCAGCUGCUGGGCCGCCCGUGGUAGCUGCAGACCCGCAAGCCCUGGAUCAAUCUAGUAUGGCACUCCUCGCCCAGCUUAUGACGGCUUUGAGGACACGUGGUGGGCUUCCGCCUUCUCUGGAUGCGGCCGUGAACCCGGCACCUCCGCCGGUGCCAUCUGUGCCAGCUUUGCCCCCGUGUUCCACAACUUUGACUGUGCCUGUGGCCCCGCCACCGCCGUCUGCAAAUGGGCCCGGUACGCUCGCUUCGCAACCGAUGGCCGUGCCGUCUCUUCCUACAGGGACACCUGUCCCACCGCCUGUGCCACCAAGUCCUGCUGCUCUACAGCAGCCCCGCUCGGAUGAUGAUCAUGAUGGGCUUCUGCCUUCUCCGGAUGCAGUGCCAACUGUGCCGGCCUUGCCCCCGUGUUCCACAAACCUGACUGUGCCAAGUGGGGCACCCCCACCGCCGCUAGCUGCAAAUGGGCCCGGUACGCUCGCUUCGCAACCGAUGGCCAUGCCAGCACAGCCGUCUCUUCAUGCAGGGGCACCUGCCCCAUCGCUUGUGCCGCCUAGCCCUGCUGCUCUAGAGGUGCAGGAUACUCAGAUAGAUGGAGCUACUUCGCCUCCUCGCAAGAAGGCCCGCUCGGACGAUGCUCGUGUAGACGUGAAGAUAACCACAACCCUGCAUCAGGACCUGAGUCCGGCGGGCUGCAGCGCUGCUUCUCUGAAUCGACUGGAUAGCUCUGCAUCGAUCCAGUCGGCACAGUCAAUAUCCACGGGGGCUCCAUCGAGACAGGGUUCGGUGACCUGGGCUUCGGCAACCGUGCUGCAGCAAGCGACACGUGCCGCCGAAGACAUGAACCCACGGCCUGGAAUACUUCGCAAAACACAGCUGGGUUCUGGCAGCAUGGAGAGCCUCAGCAGUCAGGAGAACCUGGGAUCGCCUGACCAUGCGAGUGGCAGCAAACGAUCAGUGGAACUCGAUGAUGCACAGCUUCCUGUGGAGAAGCAUGCCAAGACCAAUGGCCCCGCUGGAGCCGACGUCGUGCGGCUCUUGGGUGAGUUGCCGGAUAGUCCAACCAAGACGGCGCUGCUGGCAAUUCUCGCAACGCCCCCGACUGCAGUGCCGGCCAUUGUGCCCCCUGCAGCAAUGCCAUCUCCAGCCGGAGAUCCUGCUGCCGUGCCGCCUCAGGGUGUGAUCCCAACAGUGCCAUCUCCAGCCGGAGAUCCUGCUCGUGCUGUGCCGCCUCAGGGUGUGAUCCCAGCAAUGCCAUCUCCACCCGGAGAUCCUGCUGCCGUGCCGCCUCAGGGUGUGAUCCCAGCCGAAGAUUGUGUUGGUGCUGUGCCGCCUCAGGGUGUGAUCCCAGCAAUGCCAUCUCCACCCGGAGAUCCCGCUGCUGUGCCGCCUGAGGGUGUGAUCCCCUCAUUGCCAUCUCCAGCCAGAGAUCCCGUGCCAUCGAAUGCUGCACCUCCUCCGGCCGGUAGCAUUGCUGCCGUACUGACGAGUUUGUCAGCUGUGCCUUCCCAAGCGACAGCUCCUGUGCUUCCAGCUCCGCCGACGCUUCCGCAAGCACCCUCUGCAGUGCAGGAUCAGGCACUGGUGCCAAGCCGCGGUGGCGGCGGAUGGCUUUGCAACUCAAAGACGCACGCGGCGGAAUGGAAGUCGUAUGGCAGAUGGGUCGCGCGGAACCCGGAUGCCACGCAGCUCAGUGCUGCCUACAACAAGGGUGCCGAUGCUCGUCUUGCAGCAUUUCAAAAAUGGGUGCACUCGGGGGGGAACGGAAAGGCUGUGGAAGCUUGUAUGCGUAUGGUGCGGUCUUCUGAAGAGCUGCACAGGGACAGUGGACGAUAUGUCCCCUGGACGGCGGUCUUGCAGCACUUCCGCAAUGAUGCCACACAGGCAAUGGACUUCGCUGCGAGGCGCAGGGGUGAGGAGAAGGGUGUUUCCAAGUGCCGGAACACGGGGCAAGAAACCUUUUUGCUCUUCAAUGAUGAGACCAGAGAGUGGACGGAUCGCAAGCUCGACGAGGUCGCGAUUGAAGUCGGUGCCGAUCUAGAAGCCGCGACUCAGCUUGCUCACCUUAUCAGCUCGUCGCCGCAGCUCUUCCGAAGGGGUCAUGAUGACAUGCCACGCGACAACGAGCCCGUGGAUGAUGGGGAGGCCGACAAGCAGAUCCAUGUGGAGCUCCCGGCAUUGGGGCUGGAGAAUUUCGAAUCCCAAGAGCGGUUGUGCGAGCUGAUCAACCAGUCGAAGGAAGGAAUGUCCACUGCGAGAAAGGACCAUCCCGGGCUAGCCAGGUUCACCGAAACAUGGGCCGGCUAA